ACAGUUUUUGGGUUUCCUGUGGCUUUCCAAGAUGGCGUCCAUUGGAAAUACAUUGCAAGUUGAACUUACCGCCUUGUUCUUUUACACUGCAACUGCGGUAUUCGCUUUCUUUUUACUGAUCAAGUUUCGGAUCUUGCAUCGUAUACUCUCAACGAUUGCGUCUACAAAAUCAUACAAGAAAUGGUUUGCGCAAGUGCAAUCGCAAUGGAGUCAGUACCCCGAAGCUGUGAUAUCCCAAAGAGCUAUUCGGGGGGAACUUUUUGCUGAGAUCGGAGCGAGACUUAAAGAAUUAGGCGGUGAUUUGUAUGAGAUUGGAAUAAGCACUGGCCGAAAUCUAGCGUACAUGAAUUUACCAGAGAAAUCGUCUCUGGUCGCAGUCGAUUACAACCCCCAUAUGGAAAAAUUCCUCCGUGAGAACUUGAAGAAGUAUCCGGCGAUUAAUCUCAAGGAAUUUAUAGUGCAGGGCUCUGAAGAUAUGAGUGAAAUACCGGAUAACUCCGUGUCAGUUCUUGUUGCAACGCAGUUGUUGUGUUCUAUGGAUGAGGAAGUGGUUAAGAAGAGUUUGCAGGAGUUUAAAAGAGUGCUGAAACCGGGAGGGUAUUACUUCUUCAUGGAGCAUGUUAAAGAUGAGCCCUGGACCAUAAGGAGCUUUCUCCAACUGCUUUCCUCCUCUAUUACAGGCUUUAUGCCAAUGUUUCUUGAUGGCUGCUGUAGUGAUAGAGAAACUUGGAAUCAUUUGCACAAUGCUGGGUUCUCAAGGUUAUCUUACAAAAAGGGCUUGGCUGGUCUAGUAAGAAAUUGGAAAGACCCGUUUUUUACUUGUUUGGUAUACCUUACCAGGACUAAAAUGUGGGGAUUUGCCCAAAAAACGGUGCCAUAGAUAGAAAGACAAUAUUUCCUCAGCUGCGAAAUUUCUGUUUGUAAGUUAUAUGUUCGCUUUACCAAGUUGGCUACCGGCUGUUAAAGUGGACAACAUUGUUGUUGGCAUUUUCCAAGAUCAGCUGUAUAUUGAGAUUUAAUUAAGGUGUUCGAUACAGUAGAUUAUGAAAUAUUAUUGAAAAAGUUUCAGCAUUAUAUAAUAAUUUUGGAUGAUUGGUUGAAAUUGUACCUUGUAGUAGGCAACAAGCUUUUGAUAAUGUUGAAUCUUUCAAAUGUGCCACAACAACAGAGUACCCUAGGGUCUGACCUUGGACCUCUAUUAUUUUCAAUUAUAUAUCAAUGAUUUUCAAUACUGGUCAGAUGUAUUUGGCCUCUUUGUGGAUGAUGUAAGGUAAGGGUCAUUAUAAAGUGUUUCUGAAGCGAAAAUCGUGUCAGGCUGUUCUUAGGCUUAUUAUAAAAUUCAAUCUUCGCUUAAAUAUUAUAAAAUAAAAGUAAAAGAUUACGAGGAAGACGAUGCAAUUAUUCUUUAAAGAGAGGUAUCAAGUGAGACAAAAAAUACAGCGAAAUUACGUCAUAGGCACCCCCGUGUUUCGUCACACGAUUGUUUACUACGCUGAAGGAACCAUUUUGAAUCGAUCAUUGACCUAAAAGUUUGCCCUACUAUUUGUUGCGUUUAUAUUCUUACAAUGUCUGAUUACAACAAAUAGUCUAGUAAAGAGUCAUAUAAAACUCUUCGGGAGGCAACAGGAGCGAAUUUGGAUCGAAAGGAGCAGUGCAUUCCCUUGGAGCUGAACGGUAGUCAGCUCCAAGGGAAGUCGUUUGAUAGUCGUUUGCACGAUGCAGGGAGAAAUGGGUGGAUUACAAAGUGAUCUGUUGGAUCUACCUUGGGAGAGGAUAAGCACGGCUUCCAGGGCAGUUUUUCAAAAGUCUAGAACUUGUGGUGAGUUUAUUUUUCUGUACUCGAGCUGUGAUCUGGAGUGCUCGCCGAAGCUGCACUUUUUAGCUGGUUUUCAGUAGCAAUCCGAAAAGAAAUCAUACAUCACAUCAUAUAUUUACCUUUUAUUUUGUAUUUAACAAAAUGAAUGCAAUUUAUUCAACUAGCAAAACAUAAUUGUGAAACCUAAUCCAUUUAGUUUAGAAAAAGACAAAAUGGGGACUCACAAAAUUAAUAUAUACUUAAUUAAGUAACUUAACUUAUAUAAAGUAUUUUACACCGCUUUGUAAUGAAAAAAAUCAAUGCACUGUAUUCAAAUAGCAAAACGUUAUUGUGAAACCUAAUCCAUUCAGUUCAGAUCUAAUGGGGAUUCUGUUGACUUGACUUGGAUAAUUUGUCAUGAACCAUAAUUUCUUAUCUAAAAAUACUCAUCAGAGUUAUCAUGUUUGUUACGUGUUGUGUUCAAUAGUUUAUUCACAAAGAGAGAGAUCAGAUCUACAUGGGAGUAGGUAAUAUGAUACAGUAUUAUUGAGUUGUCAAUCAUCUAAAUAUAGCGCUAAGAACAAUCAGUCUCAAUUUCAUAUGAUCUCUCGUCAAGCCGUUUGCGGACAGUCGCUCUGUCCCAUUCCUUUUUCCCAAGCCUAAACGGCCUCAUUCUCACUACGUCCCCUUCAUCCAAAGGCUCCAGGUCGCGAGCUCCCCUGUCGUAGUAUUUCGCCUGUCGUUGUUGCUGCUCUUUCGUCUGCUUCUUUAUUAGCUCAGUCGACACUGUCUGGGGACGCAACAGCUCCCUCGUUGUUGGUAGCCUGGUCUUGCAUCUUCUUCCUAGCAAACGCUGUGCCAGACUAGAGCCCAUCGAUUCAGUUGGUGUGUUCCUGACCGCGAAUAAUCCCAAGUAUAGGUCUUCCCUACUAGAUUUCGCUUUCGGAAUGAGCUUCUUGGCUUGCUUGACAGAGGCUUCAGCCUUCCCGUUGGGCUGCUGGUGUCCUGGGCUUCCGGUUCUGUGCUCAAAACCCCAGCUCUUCGUAAACGCUGCAAACUCUUCACAAUAAAACUGUGGUCCAUUGUCGCUGAUGACUACGUCUGGAAUCCAUGUCUAGCAAAAUGGGUCUUGAGUUUCUUGACGACGGUUGGUGCUUUGCAAUCGGAUGUAAGUGGGUCAAUCUCCCAGAAACCUUAGAAGUAAUCUACCACAAUGAGGUAAUUUUUACCAUCAAUUGUGAAUAGAUCAAUGCCGACUUUCUCCCAUGGAAGCUCUGUCGUCUCGUGGCUCAUCAAGGUUUCUCUUUGCUGCUUGUUGUCGUACAUGCAACAGCUCUCGCACUGCGAGAUGAAUUCUUUUAUCUCGCUGGUCAUGCCAGGCCAGAAGAGGCAUUCUCUCGCUCGACGUAGGCAUCCAUUCACCCCAAUGUGUGAGCUGUGUAGCCUUUCUUUCAUGCUUGCACGCAUGGCCUUCGGGACGAUUAGACGCUCUCCUUUGAACACUAGACCAUCGUAGAUAGCUAGCUCAUCCCGACAACUGAAGUAGGGGAUCAGGCAAGCAGGGAGUUCUUUCCUCUCCUCAGGCCAGCCGAUCUGAAUCACUUGUCUCAGCUGCUGUAGGACCUCGUCAUCCCUGGUGUUUUUCUUGAGCUCCGCUAGACGCUCGUCAGUGAUUGGGAGUAACUUUACCGCAUUGAUUCUCUCGAACUCCCCCUGUGCAUUCUUUGACGACUGCAAAAAUGCCCGGCUUAGCGUGUCUGCUAAAUACAUCUCCGUUCCGGGCUUGUAUACAAUGGUAACGCAGUAUCUCUGCAUCUUCAGAAGCAUACCCUGUAGGCGUUUUGGGGCGCUCCUCAAGGGCUUUGUUACAAUCGCUGCUAAGGGCUUAUGGUCGCUUUCCACUGUUACUUCUCUUCCAUAGACGUAUUGAUCGAAUUUCUGCAGUGAGUAUACCACAGCGAGCAUCUCCUUUUCGAUCUGCGCAUAUCUUUGUUCAGUCUCUGUUAGUGCACGGCUUGCAAAGGCGACAGGCUGGCCCCUUUGCGUUAGAGCGGCCCCCAGUCCUUUCUCACUGGCGUCGCAUUGCAGUCAGCUCCACGUCCGGUUCAUAGUACUUCAGUACCGGUGCCUUGCUUGCGAGCUCUUUGAUCUUCCCAAAUGCUUGAUCGUGCUCCGGUCGCCACUGCCAUUCAACAUCGUGCCUUGUUAGUUGCUGGAUUGGCCCUAUGACGCUCGCCAGGUUUGGGAGGAAUUUGGCUAGGUAGUUGACAAACCCACAAAACCUUCUAACGCCUUUUACGUCAGUUGGCUGUGGCAUCUCUUGGACAGCCUUAACCUUAUCCGGGUCAGGCUUCAGGCCGUCUCGCGUGAUCACGUGACCCAAGUACGGGAUCUCUUCGCAUCCCAGUUGAAGCUUCUUCUUGUUUAAUUUUACGCCGCGCUCUCUACACCUCUGUAGAAAACGUUUCAGAUUCUUGUCAUGAUCAUCCUGUGCCUCUUUCUCAGUCUCGCCGACUCCAUAAAUCACCAUGUCACCAUGUACCGUGAGUACACCGUCCAGCCUAUCCAAGGCUUGGGUGAGCUACUUUUGAAACAUCUCACUAGAUACCGAUAUUCCAAACGGUAGCCGCCUUCAGUUAAAUCUGCCGAAGGGCGUGUCAAACGUGGUCAGCUUGAUGGACUCAUCGUUGGACGUGCCAUUAUCCGUUACGCGCAUCCACUUUGGUGAAGAUCUUUGCUUUUGAAAGAUUCGGGAGAACAUCAUCAAUAACUGGGAGGGGGUAUCUCUCUUCAGAGCUUUGUUAAGUUGCUUAGGGUCCAAGCACAGCCUUAGGUCUUCCGAUUCCUUAGUCGCCACCACAAGGUUGUUCACCUAGUCCGUUGGCUCAUCAACAGGCACUAUAACACCAAUGUCCGUCAGUCUUUGUAGCUCGGCUUCCAGCUGCGGCUUCAGCGCAAAAGGUACCCGUCUUGAUGGUGCAAUGUUAGGUGGUACUGUCGGGUCUACAUCCAGAUGCUGCUUUCCUUCGAGUGUCCCUAAGUCGCCACUACAUACAUCAUUGUACUGCUCUACUAUCUGCUUCGCUGUUGUACUUCCGGUUGUUCUCUCUUCGAUAGAUAGAUGGAUGGUUUAUUCAUAAAACAUUGCAGCCAUAGGCUGAAUUACGUUUAUGUUACAAUUAUAAUAAUAAUAUUAAAAAUUUGAAAAUAUGUAAGCAAUAAUUUAUAUUAUGAAAACUAUUAAUUAAAACCAUGUAAAAUUGUAUAUUAAAGAUGAAUAAUUCAACUAUUUAAUUUAAAAUGGUUCAAUGAAUGGUGGUAGAUGAAACUUUGGCGCGUUCUAUUUGUUCGUAACGGCUGUACAUUGAAAGUGCGCCUGCGCCUUAGAUUAACUGGGCACAUGUUUUGAGUUGGAAGGAGACUAUGCAACCAAUGAGCUGGAUUCAGAAUGUCGGCAAAUAAUUUCUGAGAUAUGGUUGCGGGACGAUUGUGUAACGUUUCCAGCCCCGCUGUGGAGAGCGCGCAUUCGUAGGACAGUAACGCACUGUUAGUUUCAGGGAGUUAUUUUUACUCCAAUCAGAGAGUAAAAACUACUCUUUGCGAUGGAGUACUUUUAAAGGAGUAAUUUCAACUCCUUUAUUGGAGUAAAAACUACUCCACUGAGGAGUAAUUUUUUUGUUUACUCCCUUAACGGAGUAAGUUUUACUCUGCUGAGAAUUAGUAUCGAAUGUUUAUUAGAAAAAGAGUAAUUUUCACUCUUGUUGGUCAAAUAAUGGAGUAAAAAGUACUCUUUUCUGGGAGUAAUUUUGGCAGAGUAAAAGCUACUCCAACUAUCUGAAAUGAAAGGAGUUAUUUUUACUCCAGAUGGUCAAGAAAUGGAGUAAAAAAGUACUCCUUUUAGGGGGUAGGUUUUGAAGAGUAAAAACUACCCCAGCCAUCUCGUGUUGAAAGAGUAGUUUUUACUCCAGCUGUAUCUUUUUAGAGCAGUAACAAACCACUCCAAAUAUAUAAAAUAAAGGGAGUUGUUUUUUUACUCUGAAUUAGCUGAAUUUAAGAAGGAAAACGAUAGUCUUUAUUAUAUAAGACAAAAGAUAAAAAUAAUAAUUUAUCGUAUUUAUUGGUAUUGAGACAAAAAACUCUACCCUGUGCCUAGGAGUUUCCUAAGAUUUCCUAAGUUCGAUCAAAACAACAAAAUAUGAUUAAACUUCCUAAAAAUUCCUAGGAUUUCCUAGUAUAAGCAGUAGAUUAGAAAAUUGAAAUAAUUUGGAUAAGAAAAUCUUAGGAAGAAGAUUUGAAGUUCUACAUUUUAGGAACUCUUAGGGAAUUCUUAGGAAAUCCUAAAAGAACAUUUUCAAUACAAGAACAGGCCUCACUAUACUUGCAUAUAUUGUCAGCUAUACUACAACAAUAAGAAAUUUAAUCAAAGACAGGCUUGGACUCGAACAUGAGUUUUAUGUGGUGUACUUUCAAAAUUCGCUCAGAAUAAUUAGUACUGCGAUUAAAAGAAAGAUAGGUAGGGUGAUAAUUGUAUAAAAUUAUUAGAUCCGAUUUAAACAUUAUAAAAUAAUAUAUAUUGUUUCUAAUAGAAAUGCUACUUGAGAUUAUAAAAAAAAAAGAAGUCCCGCUUUGCAGAUAGAAGACGGCUCACCAGGGCCCGUAAAACCAAAAUGUACCGGGCGUCCCUCGCUUUAGUGGCCGAGAGGGGCUUGGGCCCAUGGCGCAAAAUCGUAACGGUCGAACUAAAGCCAUUAUCAUAACCUCCAAACAGAUAGCCGUUUAUUCCCGUCUUUUCUACGCGUAAUCCACCUUUUUUAAGGAUUUGAUGGCAGAACAUGGAUUGAAGUUAAAGGUUAGUGUGUAAUGGGCUUUAUAAUGUGAUAGGUUAAUACUAAAUGUGAUUUUUGCGACCAACUUCAGCAUCAAAUCAUCGUUCGUGAGCGGAUUUCUCGAACCAGACUGAUAUGUUUUGUGAUUCUUUGUUAUCUUCCAAAGCAAUACUACCUUCUUAUGUGUUUCUCUUAUUAUCUUCGCAGGACAUUAUGAUAGAGAUAGUAAAAUGUGCUCGAGUUGAAAGCCAGAAAAGAAAGAAGUUUGAGGUAUAAGGAAUGUAUCAAUGUGUAAAUCGCAAGAAACGAAUAAAAACUUUGUAAACUUAAGUUAUUCACUAAUCACUGUACUUACAUCUAAAGCGCCUAUGCUUUAUAAACUGUUACUUGAAGCAAAAAAUUGAAUAACUUAGCUUAGUAAAAACCUAGUAAUCAGUCUUGCACCUAAAAUUUGUCCAGAUAUUUAUUUUGAAUAUCUAAUGUUACUGUAGUUGGUUUUUGUCCGUAUAUUCUGAUCACAGUAAACCCUGCAUAUGAAGAACCUAGUUAUCUUUUCAAGCUAGCCUACCAGGUUCAAAUUUAAAUGGUGCAUAUAGAGGCAUUAGGCUUCUAGCUUCUUAUCUGAAUAUACAAAGAUGGAGGAGGAGGCAGUUCUUUUGGAAAACCGUAAUGACGCCAAAAAGGGUAAUGUUCAAAAGCUGUUAAAGUUGUUAUA